ACAUGCAGGAAACGAAAUUGAUAACUGGAGUUAUAUUGGGUAAGUAGGAAAUUUAACAUUUUGACGGAAUUUGAUUCAGUAAGAAAGUUUUCAUUUUUCUUAAGCAGAGUUAACUGAGAUACGUCUACAAUAUUAUAUUCACUUGUCAAAUUAAAAUCGUCGGUGUCUGAGCUUGACCCCAAUACCUAUUGAGAGGAAGCUCCUUGUCUACCCACACUUUGCACCUCAGGUUAAAUCUGUGACUUCACACUAGUACACAUUAGCAGAAAGGAAUAUAUGCCACUGAAAAUGGACUCCAUUAGAAGCUCACAAAUUACUAAAGCCAUACAACACAUAUCAGAGUCAGUGUUUGUGGGACUGUGUCGUAAAGUGGGAACCUCACAACUGGUGGCCAUGAGGAGAGAUGCGGUGGACAUCAGUGAGAUGGUGAUAAAUCAACAGAAAACAAGUGAUGAGAUCAGUAGGAUGGUGAGUGGAAGUCACAGAGAAGGACUCAGACUGACAGGAUCAGAUAUAGACAUAAUGUUCUGGAAACAUGAUCGCCGUGUGAUCUGGGACUUAUCUCAGUCUCAGUAUUACAACACACACAGACAAACACUGAUCCUCUGUGACUGUUCUGAUAGUCCACCAGGAUUUACUUUGUUAUAUUUACUGUCACCAAGCGUGAAUAGAAAAAUCCAGAUAGUAUGUGUUAGAAUGAAUAACGGAUAUUAUGUAUCUAGUUCUAAACACAGACAUAUCGUUUUAUCUGAGUUAUCACUACCUUAUAACCCCACUCCACAUAAAUACAGACAGACCCUUUUAUCUGAGUCAUUUCCUUUUAACAUCACUCCACAUGGACCCUGUGCCAAUGGAACAUAUGGAUCACUAGAAUUUGAUCUUGCCCUCUGUUACGUCAGUGACUUUUGGCCUCCAUCUGCCUCCCCAUGGAUAGACAGAUGUCACUCAUGGCCCCAGUCUCAUGUUGUUGAUGAUAUAGUGAAAAAUGGAUGUCAUUUUGUAGCAAUUGGACAUAAGCUAGGAAAUCAUGAAGAUCAUGAAUGGAGAAUUUCUUUUUCCCUAGCAGAACAAAAACUUGUGUAUGUAAUGAAUCACUGUCAAUUCUUAACUUACGCCUUACUCAAAUUGUUCCUAACAGAAAUAAUUAACAAUGGAGUAGGUGAAGAUGAUAAAUUACUGUGUUCCUAUCACAUGAAGACGGCAGCUUUCUGGGGGAUUCAACAAAAUGCAAUACCUCAAUGGUGUCCACAGAAUCUCCUGGCGUGUUUCUGGGUCUGUUUUAAACUCAUCCUCAAAUGGGUGUAUGAGGGAGUCUGUCCAAACUUUUUCAUUCCAGGCAACAAUAUGUUUCUGAGUAAAAUUCAUGGUGUCAAACAACAGCAAUUAUUUAGAAGACUGUCAGAGUUGUAUGAAAAGGGUUUAGCAUUCCUGCUACGUAGUCCCUCCAUUAGAUCUUGUAUCUUAGAUGUCCUCUAUAACCCCAGAAACUCCAUCUGUACAGAUGAUCAUACUCUGAUUUCUGAGUAUGAGUUUGAUAGAGAUUUAUUUGAAGAAACACUACCUCAUUACACAAUACAAGGACAAUUGGACAUACAAAGCUGCAUUAUACGUCUACACACAAUAGAACAGAUGAUAGGUUCACCCCUCCUGACACAGUAUCAAGUCAUUAUGCUACAGAACAUGACCGCUAGUGUCCUACAUAGCACUGCUUUUGUGUUACACAUGGAAACUUACACAUCUGACAACAAACUGAGUUAUAGAGCUGACAAAAUGUCCUGUCACAUGCUGAAAUUAGCAGCAAAGUCUGGCUGUAUUACAGAAAUGCUGUACAUAGCCAUGUAUUAUUACAAGACACUUAGAUACAAAGAAGCUUUAUCUAUAAUAGAGAUAACCAAGGUCAAGUUAGCACAGCCUUAUGUGAUGUAUGCGUAUAAUGUAUAUAGAGAGAUAUAUACUGAGGCUGUAGGGGGACAGUCCUGGUCUACAAAGAUGAGACAGGCUCUAGCAAUGGAUAUCAUACUUUGCAAUAGAAUCCAUUACAUCAGUGAACUGAUACCAGAACAACAGUCUUCUCUACAGAGACAAAUGUCUGUAUUAUUCAUCCCGCCCUUCGUACUGUUAUACAUGCUAGAGAUUUUGUGCUACAGACAUGUAGACACAAUGCGAGCACAAACAUCUCUAGAUGAACUACAGACCCUUGUUCACUAUGAUCAGGGACGGCUUAUACCUUUAUAUCUCAGAGACAUAUCGUGGCAGAUUCUGGGGAUUUGUCAACAGGUGACAGGGAACCUCCAGGCUGCUCUAUACUCAUACCAACAAUCUCUCAGACAAAGUCCAAACAACAAAAUACAAACAGCUACAGAAAUGAGAAUACAGAGUUUGUCAAUGGAUUCCCUUAAUUAAUUAAAUGUCAGUUGAUAUUUGUAGGAGUUCACCUGAUAGAGAUUUAUCAUUUACAUAUCCUCUUCUGAUUUCAUAUUUUCUUUUCUGUCUGUUUUAUUACAUGUAUUAUAAAGCUAAUCAUCAGCCUAUAAUAAAAUGAAAGAGGCACUAGUGCUUAUUAUAAUUACAGUCAAACCUGUAUUUAGCAGUCACCUACAGGAUCCUUAAAUAUGUGACCUUUAAAGAGAGGUGACCUUUGGAUAGAGGUUCAUCUUUUUAAAGGAAUUUAUCAUACAUAAAAAUAUGCCAGUUUAAUUGUGUUGAUAUUAUGUAUUUAACUAGAAAUAUACAAGGAAGUUAGGUAUUGGACAUGAGUGAUCUCACUUUUAAUUUUAUUAAAUCCGCAUGACUUUUGUGGAUGAAUUCAAACAAAAUUAAAUUAAUCCUAGAAAA